AUGUCAGAACCAAUGGAUAUAGAUAGCGUGAUUAAAUCAAUAAAGGAUCUUCGUGAUCGUGAUGCUUCACCAAGAAGAGACCGUCCAUACCAAAGAGAUCGUUCACCAAGAAGAUACAGAGAUGACUAUAGGGGUGGUAGAGAAAGCAGAGGAAGUGGUCCAAGAGAUGGCUUCCCUCCACACAGUAAAUCAGAUAGAAAUUAUGAAAACAGUAUUUUUGUUGGUAAUUUACCAUUUGAUUGCGAUUGGACUCAAUUAAAGGAUCAUUUCCAAUCAAUUGGUAAUGUUGUUCGUGCUGAUAUUGUAACUCAAAAUGGUCGUCCUCGUGGUAUGGGUACAGUGGAAUUUGGCUCAAAAUCUGAAGUUGAUAGAGCCAUCAGAGAAUUUAAUCAUACACCAUUUUUAGAUCGUGAUAUAUUCGUUAGACAAGAUAAUCCACCUCCUCCACAAAGUCAAAGAAGAGAUAGAUUCUCUGAUAGAGGUGGAUAUGGAAGAGGUGAUAGUUAUGGUGGUAGAGGUGAUAGUUAUGGUGGAAGAGGUGGUUACGGAAGAGGUGAUAGUUAUGGUGGUAGAGGUGAUAGUUAUGGUGGAAGAGGUGGUUAUGGAAGUUACGACAGAGGAUAUGGUGGUGACCGUUAUGGCAGAGGUGGCUAUGGUGGUUAUGGUGGUGAUAGAUAUCCACCAAGAAGAGAAGCAGGUUACUCCUCAAGUAAUGGUCCAAAAGGAUUCGAAGUUUUCGUUGCAAAUUUACCAUUUUCAAUUAACUGGCAAGCUCUUAAAGACAUCUUUAGAGAAGCUGGUGAAAUUACACAUGCAGAUGUCAGAUUAGAUGAAGGUGGUAGAUCUAGAGGUUUCGGUAUAGUGUCUUUCAAAAAUAAAGAAGAUGUUGAUAAUGCAAUCAAACAAUUCAAUGGAUAUGAAAUAGAAGGUAGACAAUUAGAUGUUCAUGAAGGUAAAAAUAAUUCAAGAUUUGAAUCUGAACAAAAAAGAGAACCAGAAUCAUCUUACAAACCAAACGUUCAAAAAAAUUCAGACUUUACAGAAGGUGUUGAAGCAAAUGGUGAAAAAAAUUCAACCAUUUAUGUUGAUAAUUUACCAUUCGCCACCUCUAAUGAUGAUUUGUUUGAAUUGUUUGAAACUGCUGGCCGUGUUAGUGCUGCUGAAAUUAAAUAUGAUCCUACUGGUAGACCAGCUGGAUCUGCUGUUGUUAAAUUUGAAUCAGAAGAAUCUGCAGAAGCUGCUAUUAAUGAAUUGAAUGAAUAUUCUUAUGGUGGUCGUCCUUUGAAUAUCACUUUUGCAAAACUUCCAUAA